ACAUCCAUUGCACAUCAUUCUAUCCUAAACACAACCUUGACUUCAGCCACGGACGUUAAAGUUCCUGCUAUAAAGGUUUCUCGUCAGUGCGAAGUCGAGAGUAGUGAACGAUGUCGGGCAAGUUACUGUCAAUGCUGGCGCUGGCGGCCACGGCGGCGGCCACGUGCCGUCCGGGAGCCUACGAAUGUGCCCCUCAGUGUGUUCCUCAACGAUGGGUCUGUGAUGGAGGGGAACAGUGCUGGGGAGGAGAGGAUGAGCUCUACUGCGACACGUGCGCCGAGGGCUACUUCCACUGCGCCGAGAACAAGUGCAUUCCGAAUCAUCGGCUUUGCAAUCGCUACGACGACUGCGAGGGAGGCGAGGACGAGGUUGGCUGCCCCGUCAACCUUCCGCCGUGUCCUGAAGACAGCUUCCAGUGUCCUGAUGGAGGACCUUGUAUCCUAAAGCAGUUCGUGUGUGACGGAUACAUGGACUGCUAUGGGUCCGAGGACGAGAUCGGCUGUACCACAUGCAACGGCGGCUUCCACUGCGACGACGACACCUGCAUCUACGAGAUCUACAUGUGUGACGAGAGGGAAGACUGUCCCAACGGAGAGGACGAGGCGGCUGAUGAUUGCGAGUGCAGAGACACGGACUUUAUUUGCGAAAACGGACACUGCCUCCCCGACUACAUGGUGUGCGACGGGAAGCCCCAUUGCCACGGCGGGGAAGACGAAGCGAACUGCGAAAGUGUGAAGCAGCUGCGGCCCCGACGGAUCCUCGACCCACGCAAGACCCAAGCGCAGAACUCGCUCCUCGCUAAGCUGGCCAGGUUUCGCAAGAACUAAGGACUUGCCUGGUUCCUACUGAGUCUUCUGGAUUUCCCGGGACUUGCUUCGAAAAUCCUUCCUUUCGCCCAACCUCUCUUGUUUUUUUUUCACUUCAUAUGUUCUUUCUUAUAUGCCCUUAGGUUAUGUAACAGACCUGCUGAAAAAUAAAUAUAAAACGCAUAUGCAA